GUUCAUGCAUAAACUUCAACUUUUACCUAACUGCUGAAAAGUUUGACUCUUUAAUUACUUGACUGAUUUUGAUGUAAUCAGCAGCGUCUUGGUGUAUGUUGGGAAGAUAGUUUUACCAAAUUACUAUGGACUCUAGAAAUGAAGAAUUAGAAACAGCUUCAAUAGAAUUAUACCAAUAUAUGUGUAAUGUAUUGGUCGGAUCGGAAAAAAUUGUUAGAUAUAGACGAUUGUUUUUUAAAUUAUUUGAUGAAACAUGGAAUACACAACAUGGCUUUGAAUUAAUCAGUAGUGGAAGUAAAUCGGAAGGUUUAGACCUUCAUGGAAGUGAUUUUGACGUGAUGACUUUACACAAAUAUUUAAAGGUCUAUGAGAACAUUGACAGUUCAGGUUUUGCUGUAAACAUCGAUACAAACAAUGCUCAACCAGGAUUUGCUCUAUUAAACGUUCCGGAAAGCAUCGGCAAAUUUUGCCCCGUUUUGUUUUCUAAGACUGACAAUGGGUACCUACUAUCAAGUAGAAAAAUUAAAGAUUUACUCAUGGUUAAACCCCGUUUAUAUAAUGGGGCUUUCAGUAUUCAUGGUCCAAGUGUUUGUCAUAAUGAAGUAGAUUUGGAUAUGGUUUACUGUUUACAGUGCAACACAUGGCCGUUUGUAGCCAAAAAUUGGCUGCUCAGAAACAGAUCAUCUGAAUGGCCUCCUCAAGAACUAAUUGACAACAUUGCCGAACAAGGCGUGUUAUUAGUUCCCGUCGGUAGCAAGAGUUCUUCGAAUGACGUCAACGAAUUGGAAUGGAGAAUGUCAUUUUCUUUGUCAGAAAAAGUACUUAUUCAUUCUUUCAAUCACGUGCAGAUUAUUUGUUAUGCCUUGUUGAAGAUUUAUCUGAAAGAAAUCGUAAAUAGUAAUAAGAUUUUGUCUAAACUUUUGUGUUCAUACUAUAUGAAAACGUUACUAUUCUGGAUACUGGAGGAAACAGAUGGAUCGAAAUGGACAUCAGAAAAUUUAAUUCACUGCUUUCUGGUUUGUGUUAAACGUUUAUUGUACUUCAUUUCAUGUAACUAUCUUCCUAAUUAUUUCGUACCUGCACACAAUAUGAUUGACGGGAAAUUGUCAAACGAAGCACGCAACGAGUUGAUUCGCAUGUUAAACGGAGUGCUGUCUGACAAAGGAUGGGAGAAUAUCUUUCAUGCAAAUUCUUUAGACGGAUUUCGGGCUAGAUUAUCGUUUAACCUGGUGAAUGGCUAUAAUGUUUUUGAUAAAGCUAUAUUUCCUCUUUACAUGACUUUAGAAAUGAAAUACUUUGACUUCGAACAUAAGUGUAAGCAUGUUAUUCACAGAAUAGUGUCUAGUCUUCCAAAAAGUGUAAAAAAUAUAUGCGCGUUGCAAUUUUUGUGCUUUAAUUACUCUUCGUUGUCUAAUGUCAAGUUUUGUAAUGGUGAUCCUAAAUGUCGACGAGCUAAACAAAGUCAUAAUAAGUGUACGUAUAUAACAUAUAGACUAAUACUGGCAAAAUUGUUAAUCAAUACGUACAGUGACGCUGCAUCAGGGUGGUUAUUGCUUGCAGCAUUUUUCUAUAACCAUCGAGAACACUUCAAAAUGUUUCCACUCUUAGAUCUUGUAACGGUUCAAUUAUCCAUUGACAGACUUUAUUUAUCACAUCAUUUGAAAACCAGUUUUAUACACACACUCACCAGAAAAAGACUGUCGGCGAAAUGUUCGUUUCUAAAACGAUUACGGCAAGAAGUAAUGAAGGAUGUACCAUACAAUAUAGAUACUAAAAAUUCAUUUCUGGCUCAUGAAAAUUUAGGAGCUAGUGAAAUUCAUGCAUUUCUUCCGUGCUACCCAGUUGUUAUUUUACAUUAUUUUUCUUUUUUGAUUCAUUUCGAGCUUGGAGAUAAUUUUCAGGCGGAUCGUCAGUUACGAAUGCUUCAAAAUACUGUAGAGAACACUGUUUCUGGAAACACACAUUUAUGUGUAAAUGCUAACACUUAUCUUAUGAGAGCAUUACGUUUCUCUAAUAAUUUAGCAGGAUUUCACUCAACGUGCAUACGAGUCUCACAAAUAAUGAAACAAUCAGACGAGUAUAAAACAUUUCUGGAAGAUGUGUCAUCCGUUAAUGAUAAAAUAGCACCAUUAGCUAGGAUGAUGCAGAACCUUGACGGUUAAUUUACAGCAAUUAACGUAUCGAUGCAAAGUUAUAUACGGCGGAACACUUGUUAAUCUCCUCAUCCUAUUAUAAACGUCCCCUUUACUUUUCAGGAAAAUUCUUCAAAAGUCAGAUAGAAAAACCAUGAACAACCUCUAAAAGUGUAUUUCAACGAGUGUUUUUUUUAAGAAGGUCAAACUACAGCUGAAUAGUUUCUAACAGUAUAUAAAUUGCUUAAUUAUUUUUAAAUACAUUCAAAUUCAUUACAAAAUUAAAAAAUAUUGUGGGUCGACUUUCCCUGUCAUGCCUGAUCCUUUGACUUUGGUCCAGUUAUUGAGUAGAUUAUCAUGAGACGUCAAACUUAAUACUACUGCUGGUAGCCUGUUAGUUCUCCAAGGCAAAUAGAUCUCUUUUGGAGAAACAAUUCAUAGAUAAUAUAAAAUAAGGAGAUGUGGUGUUUGCCCAUGAGACAACAAAGUUAAAAACGUGGAGUUUAGCAAUUAUAGGGACUGUAAGGCCUUCAAUAAUGAGCAAAACUCAUAUCAGAUAGUUAACUAUGAAGAAGCCAUGACAAAUGUAAAACGAUUCAAACGAGAAAACUAACAGCCUGAUUUAUGUAUAAAACAAUAAACCAAAAACCAAAAACCAAAAAU